AUGGGAAGACAUUCGAUAUCUAGGGUAGAAGCACCUAAAUUGUAUAAUCCUUAUUCUUAUCAUCGACCACAUUUUGUAAGAUGGAAAGGCUCUGUCAUCCCUAAAGUCCUUCCUUCAACAAUCGUGGUCACCAUAAUUGCCGUCAUUGUUUGCAUUAUACAAUUAGUCGUCGGAAUAAAAAUAAGUAUUCAAUCAUCGUUUAUUACUAUACUUGGUUUCGUUGUUGGUUUAUUAUUAACCUACAGAACGAAUACCGCUUAUGAUAGAUACUGGGAGGGAAGACGUCUUUGGUCAACAAUGGUUGUCUCUAUACGUAAUUUAACGAGAAAUAUUUGGGUAAACAUACAAGAAGGUGAUGAUGAAAUAAAUGAUUUAUUAGAAAAGAAAACGGCAAUUAAUCUUUUAUUAGGAUUCGCGGUAGCAACAAAACAUUAUCUCCGUGAAGAAGAAGGGAGUCAAUAUGCCGACCUUAAACCUUUAAUUUCAAAUAUCAAAACAAGUUUACCAGGAUUUAAACCUUUAGAUGAGCAAGAUUUAAGUGAAAAUGAAAUCAAAACCGACUGGGUUUACAAUUCUAAAAAUCGUCCAUUUGGGCCUGAGGAAGUUACCGCUUCCGAAGCACGUAGAUUAUCUUUAGAUGAAGUUCGUGAUUUACUUACAACUUCUUUCAUUGCUGAUAAAAGAGUUUCUCUUGAUAAUACUAUCAAUGAAGGUUCAAUUACAGGCCCAUUUGGAGCUAAAUGUUGUUGGUUUGAUAGUUCACGUACUCUUUGUCUUGGCCUUUUUGAUCCGCCUGCUCUUGACAUUAUUACAGUAUUAUAUCUGUGGAUAUCCACCGUAAUUUCUUAUCCGUCAGCUAAAUUGAUAUCUAGAUAUCUACGGACCUGA